CGCGCGGGCGGCGGAGGCAGCGGAGGCGGCGGCCGCGGCGGCGGCUGUGGUGGGUGAAGCGGCCUGCGGUGUUCGGGCCCGGCCGCCCGUGAAGAAGAGGAGGAGGAGGAGGAGGAGGAGAAGCGGCCGCGACCAUGUCGGCAGGCGGCCGCGACGAGGAGCGGCGGAAGCUGGCCGACAUCAUUCACCAUUGGAACGCCAACCGGCUGGACCUGUUCGAGAUCAGCCAGCCGACCGAGGAUCUGGAGUUUCAUGGGAGUCAUGAGAUUUUAUUUCAAGAUAAAGCUGCUGGAAACUUCGCAACAAAAUGCAUUCGGGUAUCUAGCACGGCAACCACUCAAGAUGUGAUUGAAACACUGGCAGAGAAGUUCCGCCCUGAUAUGCGCAUGCUGUCCUCUCCCAAAUAUUCCCUCUAUGAAGUGCAUGUCAGUGGAGAAGAAAGAAGAUUAGACAUUGAUGAGAAGCCUCUAGUUGUGCAGUUGAACUGGAACAAAGAUGAUCGGGAAGGUAGAUUCGUCCUUAAGAAUGAGAAUGACGCCAUUCCUGCCAAGAAGGCUCAGAGUAAUGGACCUGAGAAGCAGGACAAAGAAGGCGUCAUUCAGAACUUCAAGAGAACUCUUUCAAAGAAAGAAAAGAAGGAAAAAAAGAAGAGAGAAAAAGAGGCACUGAGACAAGCCUCUGAUAAGGAAGAAAGGCCUUCACAAGGGGAUGACAGCGAGAAUUCUCGACUGGCUGCUGAAGUUUACAAAGACAUGCCUGAAACGAGCUUUACUCGGACAAUUUCUAAUCCUGAGGUAGUAAUGAAACGGCGGCGGCAACAAAAGCUUGAGAAAAGAAUGCAAGAGUUUCGGAGCUCAGAUGGGCGGCCUGACUCAGGUGGAACAUUGAGAAUAUAUGCAGAUAGUUUAAAACCAAAUAUUCCAUACAAGACAAUCCUGCUGUCUACUACAGAUUCCGCAGACUUUGCUGUAGCGGAAUCUCUGGAGAAGUAUGGUCUGGAAAAAGAGAAUCCCAAGGACUACUGCAUUGCCCGGGUUAUGCUUCCUCCUGGAGCCCAGCAUUCUGAUGAAAGAGGUGCUAAGGAAGUUAUUCUUGAUGAUGACGAGUGUCCUUUACAAAUCUUCAGGGAAUGGCCAAGUGACAAAGGGAUUUUAGUCUUUCAACUGAAGAGGAGACCACCGGACUAUAUCCCAAAGAAAAUGAAGAAACACGUUGAAGGGAAGCCGCUGAAGGGGAAGGACAGAGUUGAUGGAUCUGGCUAUGGUUCUGCUCUUCCUCCUGAGAAACUGCCCUACUUAGUAGAAUUAAGCCCUGAUGGCUCUGACUCCAGAGACAAGCCAAAGUUAUACCGCCUUCAGUUAAGUGUGACUGAAGUUGGGACAGAGAAGUUUGAUGACAAUUCUAUCCAGUUGUUUGGCCCAGGAAUUCAGCCCCAUCACUGUGAUCUCACUAACAUGGAUGGAGUGGUCACUGUGACUCCCAGAAGUAUGGAUGCAGAGACCUACGUGGAUGGCCAGCGCAUCUCAGAGACUACCAUGCUGCAGAGUGGCGUGAAAGUGCAGUUUGGCACCUCACACGUGUUUAAGUUUGUGGACCCCAUCCAGGACCACGCUCUUUCAAAGAGAUCUGUGGAUGGAGGCCUGAUGGUCAAGGGCCCAAGACAUAAACCUGGAGCUGUUCAGGAGACAACCUUUGAUUUGGGAGGAGAUAUUCACAGUGGGACAGCAUUGCCAGCAAGCAGGAGCACGACUAGACUGGACAGUGACAGGAUGUCCUCUGCCUCCAGCACCGCUGAGCGGGGGAUGGUGAAACCCAUGAUCCGACUGGACCAGGAGCAAGAUUAUCGCCGGAGAGAAAGCAGAACCCAGGAUGCGGCUGGGCCUGAGCUGAUCCUGCCUGCCAGCAUUGAAUUCAGGGAAAGCUCGGAAGAUUCUUUUUUGUCCGCCAUUAUAAACUAUACCAAUAGCUCUACAGUUCACUUUAAGUUGUCACCGACAUAUGUGCUGUACAUGGCAUGCCGGUAUGUAUUGUCCAGCCAGCACAGGCCCGACAUCAGCCCUGCAGAGCGCACGCAUAAGGCCAUUGCUGCUGUCAACAAGAUGGUGAGCAUGAUGGAAGGGGUCAUCCAGGAAGUAGACCAGGUUGAUCAGAAACAGAAGAACAUUGCCGGGGCACUUGCUUUCUGGAUGGCAAAUGCAUCUGAACUUCUCAACUUCAUCAAGCAGGACCGAGACCUUAGUCGGAUCACACUAGAUGCCCAGGAUGUUUUGGCACACUUGGUUCAGAUGGCAUUUAAGUACUUGGUUCACUGUCUUCAGUCAGAGCUUAAUAACUACAUGCCAGCCUUUCUGGAUGAUCCCGAGGAGAACAGUCUGCAAAGACCAAAAAUAGAUGACGUGCUGCAUACACUCACCGGAGCCAUGUCCUUGCUGAGGCGCUGCAGGGUCAAUGCUGCCUUGACCAUCCAGCUGUUCUCCCAGCUCUUCCAUUUUAUCAACAUGUGGCUGUUCAACAGAUUGGUGACUGACCCAGAUUCAGGCCUGUGUUCUCACUACUGGGGAGCAAUUAUUCGCCAGCAGCUAGGGCAUAUUGAAGCCUGGGCAGAGAAGCAGGGACUAGAGCUGGCAGCUGAUUGUCACUUGAGCAGGAUUGUGCAGGCUACUACUUUGCUUACCAUGGAUAAAUAUGUGCCUGAUGACAUUCCAAAUAUAAACAGCACAUGCUUUAAGUUAAAUUCUCUGCAACUUCAAGCCUUAUUACAAAAUUACCACUGUGCACCUGAUGAGCCUGUUAUCCCUACGGAUCUCAUAGAAAGUGUUGUGGCUGUUGCUGAGAACACAGCUGAUGAGCUUGCCCGCAGUGAUGGCAGAGAUGUUCAGUUGGAGGAGGACCCUGACCUACAGCUACCUUUUCUUUUGCCAGAAGAUGGAUAUUCCUGUGAUGUCGUCAGAAACAUUCCAAAUGGUUUACAAGAAUUUUUAGACCCUUUGUGCCAGAGAGGAUUUUGCAGGUUGAUUCCUCAUACACGUUCACCAGGUACUUGGACGAUAUAUUUUGAAGGUGCAGAUUAUGAAAGUCACCUUAUGCGUGAGAACACAGAACUGGCCCAGCCUCUGAGGAAGGAACCUGAAAUAAUCACUGUGACCCUAAAAAAACAGAAUGGAAUGGGCCUCAGCAUUGUAGCAGCAAAGGGUGCUGGCCAGGAUAAGCUGGGAAUCUACGUGAAGUCUGUCGUGAAAGGAGGCGCUGCAGAUGUGGAUGGACGUCUAGCUGCUGGUGACCAGCUCCUCAGUGUGGAUGGACGAAGUCUGGUUGGACUUUCCCAGGAAAGGGCAGCAGAACUCAUGACAAGAACCAGUUCCGUGGUCACACUUGAAGUUGCAAAGCAAGGCGCCAUCUAUCACGGCCUGGCCACCCUCCUUAACCAGCCAUCCCCCAUGAUGCAGAGAAUUUCAGAUCGUCGUGGCUCAGGUAAACCCAGACCAAAGAGUGAAGGUUUUGAGCUCUAUAAUAAUUCAGCUCAAAAUGGCUCCCCAGAGAGUCCUCAGCUGCCUUGGACAGAGUACAGUGAGCCAAAGACACUUCCUGCUGACGACAGACUGAUGAAACACAGAGCUGACCACCGUUCCAGCCCCAAUGUGGCAAAUCAGCCUCCCAGCCCUGGAGGGAAGAGUCCAUAUGCUUCUGGAACAGCAGCUAAGAUAACAUCUGUCUCCACUGGAAACCUCUGCACUGAGGAGCAGACUCCUCCACCUAGACCCGAAGCCUAUCCCAUCCCUACUCAGACGUACACCAGAGAGUAUUUUACCUUUCCAGCUUCAAAAUCCCAGGAUCGGAUGGCCCCUCCUCAGAACCAGUGGCCAAAUUAUGAGGAAAAGCCACAUAUGCACACAGAAAGUAAUCAUUCCAGUAUUGCAAUCCAGCGUGUUACCCGUUCCCAGGAAGAGCUUCGAGAAGAGAAGGUUUACCAACUUGAGCGGCAUCGAGUAGAGGCUGGCAUGGAUCGCAAGUGUGACAGUGAUAUGUGGAUCAAUCAGAGCUCCUCAGUGGAUUCCAGCACAUCCAGCCAAGAGCACCUGAACCAUUCCUCCAAGUCAGUCACCCCUGCUUCCACUCUGACCAAAAGUGGUCCUGGACGUUGGAAAACCCCAGCAGCAGUACUACCCACCCCUGUCGCUGUCUCCCAGCCCAUUCGAACAGACCUGCCUCCACCACCCCCUCCACCUCCUGUCCAUUACACCAGUGAUUUUGAUAGCAUUCCAGUGGAUUUGCCCCUCCCACCUCCUCCUGCCAACCAGGUAGGACCCCAGUCUGCUCAGGUGGCUGCUGCAGAGCGGAAAAAGAGAGAAGAGCAUCAGCGGUGGUAUGAGAAAGAGAAGGCCCGCCUCGAGGAGGAACGGGAGAGAAAGCGCAGGGAGCAGGAGCGGAAGUUGGGGCAGAUGCGCACACAGUCCCUGAAUCCUGCUUCCUUCUCUCCUUUGGCCACAUUGACCAAGCCAGAAAAGCCUUCCACAUUGCAGAGGCCCCAAGAAACAGUCAUUCGGGAGCUGCAGCCCCAGCAGCAGCCCCGCACGAUUGAGCGCAGGGACCUGCAGUACAUCACCAUCAGUAAAGAAGAACUGUCUUCUGGUGAUAGUCUGUCUCCAGACCCCUGGAAACGAGAUGCCAGGGAGAAGCUGGAGAAGCAACAGCAAAUGCACAUUGUGGACAUGCUGAGCAAAGAGAUCCAUGAGCUGCAGAACAAGGUAGACCGCACUGCAGAGGAGAGUGACCGCCUGCGGAAGCUCAUGCUGGAGUGGCAGUUCCAGAAGAGACUACAGGAGUCCAAGCAGAAGGAUGAGGAUGAUGAGGAAGAAGAAGAUGAUGAUGUGGACACCAUGCUGAUCAUGCAGCGUCUGGAAGCUGAGCGCAGAGCCAGGUUGCAGGAUGAGGAGCGCAGGCGUCAGCAGCAGUUGGAAGAAAUGCGCAAACGAGAAGCGGAAGAUCGCGUGAGACAAGAGGAAGACCGCCGCCAUCAGGAGGAGGAGCGAGUAAAGAGAGACGCUGAAGAAAAGAGGCGACAGGAAGAAGGGUAUUACAGCCGCCUAGAAGCUGAGAGGCGCAGACAGCACGACGAGGCAGCACGCAGGUUGCUGGAGCCCGAAGACCCUGGGCUGAGCCGACCUCCACUUCCACGGGACUAUGAGCCCCCAUCCCUGUCCCCAGCACCCAGCGCCCCUCCUCCCCCACCUCAGCGAAACGCCUCCUACCUCAAAACACAGGUCCUCUCCCCAGAUUCGCUGUUCACUGCCAAGUUUGUUGCCUAUGAUGAUGAUGAGGAGGAGGAGGACUGCGGCCCAGCAGGACCGCACUCUUCUUACACGGGAUCUGCAGGAACAACCUUGGGAGCCCAUGAUGCUUCCCGGGACCCAAGAGAGAAGCACACGAGAAGCCAAGAAGCAGACUCACCUGGCAGUUCUGGAGCCCCUGAAAACCUGACAUUUAAAGAGCGCCAGCGCCUCUUUUCACAAGGGCAAGAUGUGUCUGACAAAGUAAAAGCUUCUCGUAAAUUAACAGAACUUGAGAAUGAGCUGAACACCAAGUGAGAAGAGAAAGAGAGCACCUUGUGCUCACACAAGAUCUGCCCUUGGCAGUGGUUUUGUGGGGUUGAGCCUGAGGAGGAGGAGGGAACGGUUCUAUUUCUAAGUGAUUUCUAAUUUCUGUUUCUAAAAUGGUUUCAAGUUAGAGAUGUUCCAAUUUAAAAUCUUGUUUUACUUUUCCAAGAAAAUCUUGCCUAGUUCUUUCUGAUUGACUCACAUGAAGUUAUCUUUCUUUGUUAGCUUCUUUGGGAGUCUUGGACUCAGAGGGCAGAAUGAAGGGCAGUAAAGACCACAGGGUAUUUCCUCUACCCUCUUCUUUCCCAUCAUCAUUCCAAGGACCAUAGGCCGAGAAAUUAUCUUCUUUCUCAAAACUCCACUUGGCUACACAGACCGUUACUGUGUUCUGGUGGAACCUGUGUUCAGGAAACAGGACUCUCAGCGUAGAGCUGCCUCCUCCCAAGCCCCAGGGCAGGUGUCUCCACUGCAUCUGCUAUAGUGUGCAUUAGGUGGCUAGAUGGAGUUUCUUAUCUGUAAGGUGCACAACACAUCAUUCUUGACUAAUGCGAACCCCCUGGUCAAUUCUAAAUGUUGAGAUUGAGUAUCUAAUUAAUAAUUCAAUUUUGAAAAAUCUCAAAUUUUUAAAGAUUUAAUCUUAGGGAAUUUUAUUUUUAUAAUUACCAAAUCAUCAUUAGACUGAUCAUUGGUGAAAAUUAAAGAUGGUGGUUAUGUUAGGAAGUUAACCUAGUAUUUCAGAUAUUCCAAAGGGUCUAGAGCUCUCUAGCUAAACGGCAUUUGUGUAGGUAGGAGCGGAGACAUCUGAGAAGAGAGGGAGCUCACAGGUGGCAAUCAAACGUAACUAUCAGAAAUUUUAAAUUUCGUAAAGAAAAAUUUGUAUAGGUAUGCUGUCAGAAAAGGGAGGAAGCAGUUACUGUGCCAUCUAAACUAAAUACUGUAAGAACAACGUGGUGGUGGCUCAAAUCUACAUUUCGUUCACAGCUUAAUAGAGUUGUUUAAAUUUAAUUUGUGAAUUUGUGUUUUCAUUCUUCCAGCUGAGGAGAAAAACAUGAGUUUAUUUUUGCAAGCUUUAUGAUUUCAAGCACACUUCCUAUUUAACAAAGCCCUAAUGUGGGUCCAGAUUAUCUUUUUGGACCUUACUAUUCUCUUACAUAUCUGUACAUUAAGAAAAUAGGCACACUUUCAAAUAGAGCAGAGGCAUUUGCAACCCUAAAAACCACUUUUAAUAAGAACUGUAUGAUAAAUUGUUGAAAUAAAAAUGUAAAUAUUUUUUAUGUCUAUCAAGCUUUCCUAUUUGAAAGUGUGCCUUUGCUGUUUCCUCUGUAAGAGAAUUGAAUGGUCCUGAGAGUUAAUGAAGGAUGUGCACACUUGCCCUGCCUAGGAAGUGCAAUCUCCUUGUGUCUGGAGCACUGGCAGCCUUUGGGUGGCAUAUCCAUACCUCCCAGAGAAGAGCAGAUACCUGCUGUUGCUGGUACAUGGGAAGACAGAUGCACACAAGAGCCUGCAAACAUCUGAAAACUCUGCAUGUGUGUUUGUGGAACCCAUAGUGAAAUAGACUUGGCCAUCCCUGGACAGUAAGAUCUAAUGUGAAUAUGUGUUGUAAGAGCACGUUACAUAGCGUGUGUUACUGUGGGGAAGCACCCAAACUGCUGUUGUUUUCUAUUUCUACUGUAUUUCAGUUGCAGCCUAUUUUUAAUAAACUUCGUAUCUAUUUAAGUGUAUUUGCUAUUUGUUUUCCAAGUGCUGACAAAGUUUAUAUUUGUAAUGCCAGCCUUCCUCUCUCCAGUUUCCAUCUGUCACUACUUCAUUAAACAGUGCUGAGUGUCA